AUGUUCCCUCAAGUAAGGAUCAGGGAGCAAGAUAAGGACGCUCCAAUAGUUGUAAAGGGUCGAAUAUUAUUUCAACAAACGUGGAGGUCUAAUGUCGACUGGGACACCGAGUUCCAACCCACGGAAGCAUUAAGGUGGUCUGAUUGGUUUCAGGAGUUGUCAAAAGUAACAUCUUUGGAAAUUCCACGUUGGUAUUCUAACUUUAAAAACUCUGAACCAACUCAAAGGGAGUUACACGUUUUUGCUGAUGCAAGUGAGCUCGCGUACGCAUGUGUCGCUUAUUGGCGUCUUUUGUACUCAGACGGCAGCAUCGAGCUUUCUCUCAUCUCUAGUAAGGCAAGAGUUACACCCUUGAAACCUACCUCUAUCCCACGUUUAGAGCUCCAGGCCGCUUUAAUAGCUUCUCGUCUCGCGGUCACCAUUAAGGACAGUCAUAGAAAACAACCGACACAUACCUUCUUUUGGACUGAUUCUAUGACAGUCCUUCAGUGGUUACGUAGUGACGCGCGCUCUUUUAAGCCUUUUGUUGCCCAUCGUUUAGGCGAAAUUAUUGAAAACUCUUGCGUCAGAGACUGGCGAUGGGUACCAACAGACUUGAAUGUUGCUGAUGACGCUACCAGAACGCGAUCAAUUAACCUCGACGCGUCCCACAGAUGGUUUCGCGGACCAUCUUUUCUAUUUAAAUCCUUUGAGGACUGGCCUACAGAGCCGAGGUAUGCCUCACCAAAUACCGAUGAACUCAAGACCAAUAGUUUUGAGUUGGUCGGACUAACUUCCUUUGUCGAAGAGUUACCGACACCUGUCACAGCUAUUUUUGCCAAUUUUAGUAAUUGGCAGCGCUUAUUACGUGCCACAGCCCGGGUACUUCAAGCUGCGGCAAAGUUUGGUGUAAUUUUGGCUUCCUUUAGAAAUUCUAAAUUGAAAGGCGAUGUUGUUUGUGCCCGCCAUCCUUCAGCGUCCACUACCCUACCACCUCUUAGUGCAGAUUUAAUAAAGGCCGCUGAAAGGCAAAUUCUGCAACGAACACAGCUCGAGAGCUUUUCCAUAGAAUUUCUUCAUGUCCUGAAUUCGAAGCCUAUUCCUCCGAACAGUCGUCUUAGAAAACUGUCACCCGCUUUGGGAGAGGACAAAUUACUACGGUUAGCCGGAAGAAUUAAAGCCGCAGAAGGCAUUGAUCCUGACACACGCUUUCCCAUCCUUCUUGACGGUCGUCACCCAAUUGUACGUUUAUUGGUACAGUUUUAUCAUAGAAAAGCGGGUCAUGCAAAUUAUGAACUAGUCGUGAACGAAUUAAGACAAAAAUACUGGUUGUUAGGGCUGAGGAACACAGUGAGAACAGUAGCUAAAGAGUGUUUACUCUGCAGAAUUAGAAAGUCCUUGCCGAUGAACCCGAAAACAGGCGAUCCGCCACCUGAAAGAUUAGCUCACCAUCGACAGCCUUUUACUUUAACAGUCCUGGGCUACUUCGGCCCCAUAAGCGUCACUAUCGGGCGCAGGCAUGAAAAACGUUAUAUGGCCCUUUUCACCUGUUUAACUGUCAGAGCUCUUCACCUAGAGAUGGUAGAUAGUCUAUCAACUGACUUUGCUAUCAUGGCUAUUAGAAGGUUCAUUGCAUGA